AUGGCAAAACACCCUAAAACUUUACUAUUCGCGCUUGCGCUUUUUUGUCAUCUAAUGCUGCAGCUCCAGGCUUCUCCGUUGAUUGGCGGCAGCACCUACUAUGACGAUGACGACGAUGAUACGGAGGUGUUGGAGAUCGAUUUGAAUAGCAUUGAUGAUCUCGUAAAUGGUGGCGGUGAGGAGGGAACACAGGCGAUUGACUUGAGCUUUUAUGGCAAUGCGCUUUACGGCAUGCCCGAUAAUGAAGUGACAGCCCAGUUGGUGGCUAACUAUACAGCCGAAGAGUCGGCGGUUAAUCCAGAGGAGUUGGGUUCCUAUCUGGAGGGCGACAUUCUAGUGCCGCGUGGAAUGGUGUCUGCUAGAAAUGGCAUUAUUACGCUAAGUUCACGUUGGCCUAACGGUGUGGUGCCGUUCGAAAUACGCGGUAACUUCAAUGCACGCGACAUGUCUACCAUCGAGCAUGCGAUGGACGAGUAUCAUCGUCGUACAUGCAUACGUUUUGUGCCACGUAGCCGCGAGAGUGAUUACAUUUCAAUUGUGAGUGGCAAUUCGGGUUGCUGGUCAUCGGUAGGACGUGUGGGCGGCAAACAAGAGGUGAAUCUGCAAUCGCCUGGUUGUCUCACCAAACCCGGCACCGCAAUGCACGAACUGAUGCAUGCACUGGGUUUCCUACACGAACAGAAUCGGCAGGAGCGUGACUCAUAUGUGGAUAUAAUGAUGGAGAAUGUACAACCAAAUGCAGUGUCGAAUUUCGAAAAGGCUCAAAAAACCGUUGCUUAUGGUGUACCUUACGAUUAUGGCAGUGUGAUGCAUUAUUCGGCGAACGCUUUCUCGCGUAACGGUCGUCCGACGAUCGUGGCUGUGCAACCGGGUGGCAGCCAACGUAUGGGUCAACGUGAAGGAUUCUCAACCUACGAUAUUGAAAAGUUGAACAAAAUGUACAAUUGCGAUGGACCAGCUAUUGGCGGUGGAGUUGGUGCUGGUGGAAAUGGUAUGGGCGCUAUUGCGCCAGCUCCAGCACCAGUUGCAGUGCCAGCACCAGCGCCUCAACCUGCGCUGCCAGCUCCUGGUGGUCCAGCUGGAAAUGCAAAUUUAAUUGGCAGUUUUCUAGGUGGUCUUAUUAGCGGUUUGGGACUGGGCGAAGAGAUCAACAAUGCUGAUGUGACAACGGAGACAACAAAUGAUAUAUAA